CGCGCGCGCGCCAUGUCUCAGCCCGAUCUCCCCAUACAGACUGUUGAACUCAAGGUGGGCAUGUCGUGCCAAGGUUGUGUUGGAGCUGUCAAGCGGGUACUCGGCAAAAUGGAAGGUGUUGAGUCCUUCGAUGUAGACAUCGAGCAGCAGAAGGUCACUGUGAAGGGUAAUGUGACGCCAGAUGCUGUUCUUCAGACUGUUUCAAAGACAGGCAAGAAGACUGAAUUCUGGGAGGCUGCCCCUGCAAACAACGAACCCGUGGCAUCUGCAGUCUCGUCCUAAAAACCAUAUAUAUGAACCAUAGUAUGUGAAUUGUGGAAUUCGAUGUAACGAACCUGUGGCAUCUGCCAUGAAUUUACUACAAAUAAUAACAAACUGCUGGUAGUUGUAUGUGUACAUCUUGUAUGAUUGGUGUUUCUGCACUGUACUGGUUUGAUAAUUUGUGAACAUGUACUCUUUUGUGUUAA